AUGUACAGUCAACUCUCCUUACAAAUCUAUCAGAGUUUAGGAGAAGUGGAAACCAACGUUUCUCAGAGAAAGGGGGAGCGGAAAGGAACUCACCGCAAGACUUUGCAUUUCAUCAUCUUUGACAACGAAAAACGGAAUGCAAAAGUUGAAAAAAAGCGUAGAGCCCUAAUCGUAUACAGAAACAUAUGGAGAGCGAACACGACGUCAAAUCGAGAAUUUGUUCAUCAAGUGAAGUUUGUCUUCCUCCGUAUCGUCCUCUGUUAUGCUAUGAACAGAGAAAUCAACAGAUGGAAAAUAGAAAAUGGUGUGAGAAACGAUGAGGAUGAUGAUGGUGGUGGUCUUUCAAGUCUUUCAAGAAGACACGACGAACAAUAG